AUGAGCAGUGAAAUUCUAGAUUUACAUAGCACUGCUACGUCUGAAGACUCAAUCACCGGCAUUCAAUAUCAUGCCUACAAUCCAUACACGAAUUCAUUUAAAAACAGUGAUGAAAUUCAUAUCGUAAUCCAACAUCAAGACCUGUAUGUGCUACCACAUGAAAGUUAUAUCUAUAUAGAAGCUCGUGCUAAAGUCACUCCUGCUGCAAACGCAACUGCUGCUCAACAAGUUGCACCAUGUUAUGUAAAUAACGCAGCAUCUUUUCUAUUUGAUGAAAUACGAUAUGAAUUAAAUGGAUUUCUAAUCGAUAGCUGUAAAAAUGUUGGUAUUACAUCAUCAGUCAAGGGGUAUGCUACAUUUCAACCUAAGGAUAUGAGCCAUAUGGAAAUUGCAAGUUGGAAGAAAGAAUCAAACAAAACAGUUGCUAAUGAAAGUGUAAACUUUUGCAUACCCCUAGCCAAUAUUCUCGGUUUUACUGAAGAUUAUCGAAAUAUUGUUAUGAAUGCAAAACACGAACUAAUACUAGUACGCAGUCGUAGUGAUACAAACUGCUAUGUCGGUGCGAAUAACAUUGCCUCAUUGGAAAUACAAAAAAUACAAUGGCGUAUCCCACACGUAGCCGUAUCAGAUACAGAAAAAUUAAAAUUAAUGAAAAUCAUUGAUAAAAAGCAACCCAUUCAACUAAAUUUCCGUUCUUGGGAAUUGUAUGAAUAUCCCACAGUACCAAAUACAAUGAAACAUAUUUGGAGUGUCAAAACUAGUGCACAACUUAAUACCCCUCGCUACAUUAUAGUUGCAUUCCAAACAAAUCGAAAUAAUCGUAUUACAGCCGACAAAAGUCGAUUUGAUCACUGUCAAUUGAGUGAUUUAAAAGUUUACCUAAAUUCAGAAUGUUUCCCAUAUGAAAAUUUAAAUGUCAAUUUUGGAACUAAUGUUUACGCUGUUCUCUACGAUAUGUAUGUACGUUUUCAAAAAACAUUUUAUCAUGAUCGUCAAGCAUUUGCUGCAACACCAUUACUUACAUUUGAAGAAUAUAAAAAUAUUGCACCGAUUUUUGUUAUUGAUUGCUCACGACAAAAUGAAUCAUUAAAAAAAAGCAUCGUUGAUAUAAGAAUUGAAAUUGAGACUAGAGUCAACUUUGAAGAUAAUACAAGCGCAUACUGUAUAAUUAUUCAUGAUAAUAUGAUUGCUUACAAUCCUUACACUAACAUUGUCAACAGAAUAAUGUAA